GGGUGCCGGGCUGGGGCAUCGCACCCCCUGACCCCGAGGUGAAGCCUCACUACCAGUCCCUGUGCAGAGCCGAGCGCUAGGUCCGCCUCUUAGCGCCGCCAGCUCCUGCCUUCCGGAGCCAGGCACCGAGAGACAGCCGCCCCGCAGCGGCCCCCCAGGCCUCCCCGCAGCACCCCGUAAUGCAAUUCACCGGGACCGGGGCGGCGGCGGCGGCAGUACCCACGCCGGCGGCGGCAGCACUGCCCCAACCCAGAGACGCCUAGAAAAAGGAGGAAAAUGGCUCCGAGCAGGGACCGCCUGCUGCACUUUGGGUUCAAGGCGACAAUGUUCUCAAACAGUGAUGAAGCUGUAAUCAAUAAAAAACUUCCCAAAGAACUCCUACUAAGGAUAUUUUCUUUCCUGGACGUUGUUACCUUGUGUCGCUGUGCUCAGGUCUCCAGGGCUUGGAAUGUCCUAGCUCUGGACGGCAGUAACUGGCAGCGAAUUGACCUGUUCGAUUUCCAGAGGGAUAUUGAGGGCCGAGUAGUAGAAAAUAUUUCAAAACGAUGUGGAGGCUUUUUACGAAAGUUAAGUCUUCGUGGGUGUCUUGGAGUAGGAGACAAUGCAUUAAGGACUUUUGCACAAAAUUGUAGGAAUAUUGAAGUACUGAAUCUGAAUGGGUGUACAAAGACAACAGAUGCUACCUGUACUAGCCUUAGCAAGUUCUGCUCCAAACUCAGGCACCUCGACUUGGCUUCCUGUACAUCAAUAACAAACAUGUCUCUCAAAGCUCUGAGUGAGGGGUGUCCACUGUUGGAGCAGUUGAACAUUUCCUGGUGUGACCAAGUAACCAAGGAUGGCAUUCAAGCACUAGUGAGAGGCUGUGGGGGUCUCAAGGCCUUGUUCUUAAAAGGCUGCACACAGCUGGAAGAUGAAGCUCUCAAGUACAUAGGUGCACACUGCCCUGAGCUGGUGACUUUGAACCUGCAGACUUGCUUACAAAUCACAGAUGAAGGUCUCAUCACCAUAUGCAGAGGGUGUCAUAAGCUGCAGUCCCUCUGUGCUUCUGGGUGCUCCAAUAUCACAGAUGCCAUCCUGAACGCACUAGGUCAGAACUGCCCUCGGCUUAGAAUACUAGAAGUGGCCAGAUGUUCCCAGUUAACAGAUGUGGGCUUCACUACUCUGGCCAGGAACUGCCAUGAGCUUGAAAAGAUGGACCUAGAAGAAUGUGUUCAGAUCACAGACAGCACAUUAAUCCAGCUUUCUAUACACUGUCCUCGGCUUCAAGUAUUGAGUCUUUCACACUGUGAGCUCAUCACAGAUGAUGGGAUUCGUCACCUAGGGAAUGGGGCCUGCGCCCAUGACCAGCUGGAGGUGAUUGAGCUGGACAACUGCCCACUAAUCACCGACGCGUCCCUGGAACACCUGAAGAGCUGUCACAGCCUUGAGCGGAUAGAACUCUAUGACUGCCAGCAAAUCACGAGGGCUGGAAUCAAGAGACUCAGGACCCAUUUACCCAACAUUAAAGUCCACGCCUACUUCGCCCCUGUCACUCCGCCCCCAUCAGUAGGAGGCAGCAGACAGCGUUUCUGCAGGUGCUGCAUCAUCCUAUGACGGUGGAGGUGGUCAGCUCGGUGAACUGAGUACUUAAUGACACUUCGAGACUCACCGUGGAGUCUCUCCAGUGGAAGCGAACCCAGGAUUCGGGGCAAGGGUUACAAAAGCGAGGGCAGCAUCCAGAUCCCCAGAGCCACACGUACACAGGCACAGGCCCUCACCCCAUCCGCUGCAGUCCGUGACCAUGGCACUGAAGUUCGUACUGGCUGUACCAAGUGGAUUGGUAAAACUUAACCAUUCCUAUUGGACGUGCCCAGAAGAAAUCUUAGGCCAUGGUAGAGAGGAGGGGACAUUCCAGCAAAACCCAGCGUUACUGCUACUGUGGUUUCUUUAUUUUAUUAAAGGGUUUCUGUGGGGAUUUUGAAACAGUAACUGCAAUCUUCCAGGGUGAAAGGGUAGCAUGGAAAACAAUAUAUGAUGAAUCCAGGGACCAGAAAGAAAAUUUCUUUGCAUCCUAGAAAUGGUAGCCAUCCAUUGGGAGAUGCUUACGAAACUUCUGCGCUUCCUUGUUUCCAUGCCAACAUGCUGAGCAUGCUCACAAAGAAGGCUCGCCCACUCACCUGGUGUUUUAGUAUUUGGCCCAGAGGUUUCCUUAGCAGCUAUAUUGAAAUUGCUGGGGUCCAGAUAAUGAUUCCUUUUCCUUAGCUGCUCAGUCUGUCCCUGUCACUGUGCACCGUCUAUCUCCUUUGCUCACCGUGGCACUCGGGCUCAGUCUGCUCCAGUCACGGUCUGCUGCUCACACUCAGUUGUUACUCCCUUGCUGUUGUGUUUACAGUUUGCAUUUGGGAUGAUUAGUUGGAGUUACCAAACAUUUUUAAAAGAAACAUCAAUAAAUAUUUUUUUAAUCUAAAUUUUACCAUUAGGGGACCCUGCCUGAAUCUUUGCCAGUCUGGAAGGAAAACUUAACGGGAGCAGGAAAGUUAGGAUAAGAAAGAGUCCAACUGUUUGGAUGAAAGGAAACUUUGCCUUUUGGUUUCUGUUGUAUCUUCUGUUCUCAAUGUCCCCUGCACAUUUCAAAUCUCUUCCAAACUUGGUGAGCGUAUUAAGAAAGGAGAAGUGCAUCAUUAGUAUGAAGUGGAUGGCAAAUCCCCAAACAAAGCCUGGAUGUCCCCACUAUCCAAGCUCAAGCACAAAUGGCCCAUGUUGUCCUGUGUUGACAGGAACAUGGUGAGAUCUCUGCCUGUCUGCAGAGUUACUUGAGUUACUUGCUUUGCAGCCGUGCGGGGAUUGGGGUGGUUACAGUUAGUUUCUGGAGCCCCUCCCCUGUUUAAUCCCACCAGGGAUACUAGAAGAGCUCUGUAACAGCCAGCUGCCUGGGUCAGGGUGAGCAGGGUUGUAUCGAACGGUGACACCUCAGAAGACCCAAGCGUAGCAGCCCGCUCUCUCUUGCUCGCUGCAGACUUCCUCUGAGUGGGAUAUGAAGGCAGCCAGGCAGGGGCAUUGGGGCAGCCAGAGAACCUUGAGAGGGAAUAAGGGGCUCAGUGUCUAUACCAAGCCUGGGACCUGGCCCCCCAAGCUGAGAAAAGGGGUUUAGUACCUAGUACCUAUGGCUCAGAGUCAAGAAGAAGCCUCUUCAAAAAGAAGACUCACAGAAAAUGAGAGAAGUUAAAUGAGUUUCUAAAGCAUAUUUCUAAACUCCAAUGUUAGAGGCCUUGUGUGAUGUCUAAUAGGGUGUUGGGGGAAAGGCUUUUUAGAAUGUGGAUGUGCAAGCCAAUAUGAUCCCAAGAUGUUAAAAGGGUUGUUUUAAUGCUAUAGGUACUGGUUCUACCAGAAUAUUUAAGAAUAAAGUCUGAUUUAUUUCUCCAUUAAUGUAGAAAACAAUCAGAUGGAAAGGUCCUAGAAUUCUAUACUACCAGAUUUAUUUAUCAUAUUAAAUGUAUUUAAAAACUUA